GUAUUUAUGAAGACUUGACCACAGGCUCUCACUUCAGUUUAGAUGAUGCUUUUCGCAACGAUGCAGUCGGAUAGUGCAAUGUCCUUUUGGCUGAUUGUGAUCCUCCUGCUAGGAGUUUUCUCUUUGUCCGAGUCGAAGUCUUUUCCGAAAGCAACCCUUGCUAAGCCACCCGUCGAUGAUGUGCAGCUCACUGUUGCACAUCGAGGAACACCAGUAUACACCGAUGACGACAUCUUCGUGUCAUUGAAAACACGUGCAAAUGCAUUAACAGAGUCAUUGAAUCCAUCGUGGGUCAAUUAUAGCGAUCCGAAACUACUCUGGAAUCCUCAGGACAUUCCUUACUUCAUCGAUCCGAGUUUGGCAAACUACACGAACAUAAUCUACACGUCGCUGUCGGAAUUCACCCAAGUGUCCUGCCUGCGAUUCCGAGAACUUUAUUCCUCCGAAUCCCAUUCGUGGCCUAAAGAUUACCUUUAUUUUAACAAUUCAGAGGGCUGUGCUUCUUUCGUUGGCCGUCAGGGUGGCGCACAACUGAUCUCUUUACAGGCCGAAAAGUGCACAGCCGAUGGUGCUGGCAAAGUCAUGCACUUGAUUCUUCAUUCGUUAGGUUUUGGACAUGAACACAACCGACCGGAUCGUGAAAGUGCCAUCCGUAUUCACUGGCAAAACGUGAACGAAACCAAAAGGCAAUACCUCAUCAAAUACAAUGGGACUGAUGCGGCUACGUAUAACGAGUCUUACGAUUACGACAGCAUCAUGCACGGUAGUAACACUCUUUUCACGACCAAUUCUUCGUUGAUGACGAUCACUGCUAGAAAUGAUUCAAAUUUGCCAUUGGGUAAUCGUGAUCAUCCUAGCGCUGCUGAUAUUCGUCGUCUGAACGCUCGAUAUUCUUGUUCCAGUACAACGGAAGCCCCGACAGGCAGUGAAUGUGACCCUACGGCAAGUGCCCCAACUUGCUUCGGUGAAACGCGCCCAACGUUAGCAGAUCCGGCGGAUUGUACAAAAUAUUACGUCUGUCAGGGUAGUGAACCGAUCCGGAUGCCGUGCCCGGAAGGAUUGUACUACAAUCCUUUAAUAUUCGUUUGCGACUGGCCGUGGGCCACCAUAUGUUGCUCGGCGACUAGACGUCGUGAUGGAACAGUUACUGCUGCAACAAUCAAAUAAUUGAUCCUAACGAUUUGAUUUUGGUUUGUGCUUUAAUAUUAUGAAAAUACGUAGACACGACAAGUACUUGUAGAAAUUUUCGCUAACAAUGCAACACGUAGAAAAAUAGAAACACAUUUACUGCUUA